AUGGCCAACUACCUCGCCUCCAUCUUCGGCACCGAGCAAGACAAGGUCAACUGCUCGUUCUACUACAAGAUCGGCGCCUGCCGUCACGGCGACCGCUGCUCGCGCAAGCACGUCAAGCCCUCCUACUCGCAAACUGUGCUGCUCCCCAACCUCUACCAGAACCCCGCCUACGACCCCAAGGCGAAGCUAGACGCCAAGCAGCUACAGAUGCACUUCGAUGCGUUCUACGAAGAUUUCUGGUGCGAGAUGUGCAAGUAUGGCGAGCUCGAGGAGGUCGUCAUUUGUGACAACAAUAAUGACCAUCUGAUCGGCAACGUCUACGCGCGCUUCAAAUACGAAGACUCAGCGCAAAAAGCCUGCGACGCCCUCAACUCGCGCUGGUACGCCGCGCGCCCCAUCUACUGCGAGCUGAGCCCCGUGACCGACUUCCGCGAGGCGUGCUGCCGCCUCAACUCCGGGGAGGGGUGCGUGCGCGCCGGCUUCUGCAAUUUCAUCCAUCGCAAGAAUCCGAGCCCGGAGCUGGAGAGGGAGCUCGAUAUGAGUACGAGGAAGUGGUUGAGGGAGAGGGGGAGGGAUGAGAGGAGCGUGACGAGGAGUCCGAGCCCGGAGCCGACGAGGAGGCGGUACUAGAGUGAAGGGGGGAUGGUGUGAAGGGG